CCCUCCCACCUGACCUCACAUGGCAUCCAAACAUGUCAUCACUAGAGAUGCUUAUUGCGCAUGCCCUGAUGACGUCACUGUCAAUAACAAACCAGACCCUUGUCCGCGAUCUUUGGUCAAGAUUCAGAACAGCUGGCUUUAACAUUGUCUAAACUUGACUUUCUGACUCGACUGUAAGGUAUGUUUUUCAACUAGUCACGGUUCGAGUAAAACACCGCAGUGAUGAUUCUGUUUAGGGCAUUGAUCCUUAUAUGGAUCUACAUUUCCAUGGUUACGGCGGAAAUCUGCACUGAUGACCUAUGCGAGUUCACCUUGGUGGUUCGACGGGCAAGGACCAUGACGCACACCGGAAGUGACGGCAAGGUCAACGGGGUAGAGAUCUUGAGGAAUGGAAGUCUGCAAGUUAAAGUUCACGUUGGGUGGGCUGAAGACAAGGACGGGCCCAUAGUUCCCGUGGAAGAGACCAUCACAGCUGAUGGAGUGCAGCGAAACGUAAUCCUCGUCAACGACCAGUUCCCCGGUCCCACACUGGAGGUCAUGGAAGGAGCGCAGGUGGUCCUGAAGGUCAUCAACCACUUCUACAGGGAAGUGACGUCACUCCAUGUCCAUGGCCUGUACAUGCGCGGUGUGAAUUAUAUGGACGGUGUGCCUUACGUGACAGAAUGCCCCGUCCUACCCGGGAAGAACUUUUCUUAUAGAUUUAAGGCAGAACCCGCCGGGACUCAUUGGUAUCACAGUCACGUCAUAUCGCAACGGGAGGACGGCAUGUUCGGGGCUUUUAUCGUCCACAGAAACAGACCGAGUACCCCGGCGUUACCGUUGUUUGUACAAGAUUGGUGGCACGAGGAAUUCCUGAGUUUUGACGUAGACAGCUGGUACAUGCGGAAUCCGGGCCCAGGACGAUUAUUCGGAACUAUGUUCAGCCGUGGCUUCAGCUUCGAUGGCAUCGAGCUAACAGCUGUCCACUUUACGUCAGCGCUCAUCAACGGACGUGGCCGUUAUAACGGAAACAACGCGCCCUUAACCAAGUUCACCAUCUCAUCCGGAGAGACAUUACGUUUCCGUCUGAUACAUCCAGGUGCAGAGUUCACCUUCCGCGUGUCCAUCGACGCGCACAGCAUGACGGUCGUGGCAAAUGACGGACAUGACGUCGAGCCGGUCCAGGUUCAGUCCAUCCUCGUCUUUCCAGGAGAGUCUUACGACUUUGAGGUGCUUGGCAAUCAGGCGAACGACAUCUACUGGAUUCGUGCGGAAACUUUGUGGUCGGGAAGAGGUCCUAGCUUUGAGUCAAAAAAUCAUACCCAAGAGGUUAGAGCCAUACUAGCUUACGAAGAUGCUUCUUCCGACGAAGACCCGACGACAAACAAGCCGACAUGUUCCGAAGAUAACCCGUGUCGAGUGCUGAACUGUCCCUUCCCAUCAUUCCCUAAGGGCAGCCAUACGGAAUGCAUCUACAUGUCCGACGUCAACAGCAUAACAGAAUAUUCACCACCAAAGGAUUCAGACACCGUCGAGUACUUCUUUACCUUUGGAUAUAUCGUCGGUUCGUCGAUCAACGCCCGAAUGUUUGUGGAGCCGUAUAAGCCGCUAGUUUUCGGAGAGCCUUAUGACGUAGUUACUUGCGACCAAUCAUGUGAGACAAACGGAUGUCAGUGCACGUACGUGAUGGACAUCCCGGCCAAUAAGAUCGUCCGGUUUGUGAUGAUCAAUAUGGGCAAAGCCGACGAGUCACACCAUGUAGUUCACCUUCAUGGACACGACUUUAGAGUCCUGGCUAUGGGGUUCCCGUUUAAUAACGAAACAACCGGUCAUUGGCUUUCUGCAAACUCUGACAUUGACUGUGGGAACGACAAGUGCAGCAAUGCCACAUGGAGGAACCGACCGGCCAUGAACUUCAACCGGCCCCCUGUCAGGGACACAGUUGUAGUGCCGGCUAACGGGUACACCGUUAUUGAGUUCAGGAGUAACAACCCGGGCCACUGGUUUUUCCAUUGCCACCAGACUACCCACAUGAAUGAAGGGAUGGCCAUGAUCAUACGCGAAGCUCCAGAGAACCACCCUCCCCUUCCUCUGGGAUUUCCCACCUGUGGAGACACGAUACAGGAUCCCCAGCCUCUCCCUACCAAUGAGACAACCAGUUCCUCGAUCCAGCUGAGCAUUCCGGUUUUUAUCAUCAUACUGUUAUCGGUAGUUAUCGGGACUACCUUGGUCAUCUUCGCUGUGACCAAGCUUUGCAGAUCAAGGAGCCAGAAAGGGGAAGCUACAGAAGACCAAGGUUACCCGAAUGAAGAUACUCCUUUGUAGCCAGGUAGACAAAAGGCAAACAGGAGAACGAAGAUCACAUACCUCCGCGAAAUAUCUAUUUUUUUGUGAAUUUCUAUGUAAACAGAAAGACACUAAAAAAGACGCGGCAAAUGUCUCAAAUCCUGAUAGCCUAUACAAAUAUGAUACAACUAUGUCCAUUUCAUAUGGCAUAUGCCCCUGUACUGUGCUCCUACCUACUUCAAAGAAAUAAAAGAAGUAUGGACGUCGUCAUGUUCUUAA